ACAGAUACAAUACAGCGUUAGUUCGAAAAAAAUCGUGAACGUGUUUGGACACGUUGUGGAGCGCACCGUUAUUUCCUAUAGCAGACAGCUCAGCAGAUUCGCGCGUGCAAAUUCUCACCCUUCUCUUCAUCCGCCUCUCCCACCCACCACCGCCAUCGGUCGCUGUUGUAGCUGUUGUUGUUGUGCGGGCAACUUGCUUUUUGGGGGCGGGGCACGCGGGUCAUCGCAAAUAGCAAAAUCGUCAAUCGUCAUCGGCGAAACGUGUGUGCAGAAUUAAUGAAAUGCCCGCGCCGCUUCAUCAAUGAAAACAAAAAGCGAGGAGACUAUCCGACAAAUAGUAUCUGAAAGAUUUGUAGCUGUGCUUUCGGUUAACGUUGUGUUUGGGCCAACAUUUUUGUUUUGACAACAGUGCGUGCUAACAAACCAGCCCAGAAUUGCCAAAAUUAUCGCGAUUUAAAACAUCUCGAAACACCUGCCGCUUAAAUAAGGAUUAUACCGGCAGAACGUCAGUGGGGCAGCGAGUGAUUGGAUACACAUGUGUUAGCGGGCGGCCCUCCAUCAACAAUAUGUUUGACAACAAGUUCCGGCAUUGGAAUUGAAUUUAAUAAAAUAAAUUAAGCCACCAGGCAGUCGGAGUGGGUCAAAAGCACACAGUUUGAAUUGUUAAUGAGCGGCGGCAAAAAGUGUUAAAUGCUGAUGACGCUGCGCCUCUGCCGACGCCGCAGUCGCUGCUGAUUCAACGGUGCUGAAAAGUCAAUUAAAGGCGAAUGCCGGAGUCUGGACUGGAAAGCCAUUGGCGAACUUGGCCAGAACGUAGUUAACGUAGAAAAGGAGAGCGGCACAAACGAAGCGACGACGAGUGCAAAGAGCCAAAAGACAGUGAGCGUGUAAUGAGCAGACGACGGGCAAUUACCAUGUCGUUGGCUCCCCAUCUUGGCCAGGCUUUUAGCCUCUGCCUGUGCCUGGUUUUGGCCACAUUGCCAGUGGCCCUGGGUUUGGCCAACUGCCCGAAUGGCUGCGAGUGCGACGACGACACCCUGAUGGUCAAUUGCGGCGAGGGAACGCUGGACGUCCUGCCCAUCGCCCUGAAUCCCGCCAUCCAGCGGCUGGUGAUCAAGAAUAACAAACUGAAGACCAUCGACUCAUCCAUGCAGUUCUAUGCCCAGCUCACUUUCCUCGAUCUGUCAUUCAAUGACAUGCUCACCAUACCGGAACGUUCGUUUGCGUAUCACGCCAAAUUGCAGGAGCUGCAUCUGGACCACAAUAAGAUUGGCCAGGUGUCGAACAAGACCUUCCUGGGACUGUCCACCAUCAGUGUUUUAAAUCUGAGAGGCAACUUGAUUGCCGAACUGGAGUACCGCACUUUUUCGCCCAUGGUCAAGCUCGCUGAGCUUAAUCUCGGCCAGAACCGCAUCAGCCACAUCGAUCCACAUGCCCUGGAUGGCUUGGACAACUUGAGGGUGCUCUAUCUGGAUGAUAAUACACUGACCACAGUGCCGGGAGAACUAACCUUCCAGGCACUCCAUUCCCUGGCUGAACUAUAUUUGGGCACCAAUUCCUUUAUGACGAUUCCCGGAGGAGCUUUCCAGGAUCUCAAAGGAUUAACCCGAUUGGAUCUGCGCGGAGCUGGCUUGCACAACAUCUCGGGAGAUGCUCUCAAGGGUCUGGAGUCCCUUCGCUUUUUGGAUCUGUCAGAUAAUCGCCUUCCUGCGAUACCCACAGCAGCUUUUCAGCGAUUGGGACGCCUGGAACAGCUAAACAUUGGCCAGAAUGACUUUGAGGUGAUCUCCUCGGGCGCCUUUUCGGGUCUCCGUGAGCUGAGGCACUUGGAACUGACAGGUGCCCAGCGACUGAGACGCGUGGAGAGCGGUGCCUUCAGUGGAAACACAAACCUGGAGCACCUUAACCUCUCCAGUAACAAGCAGUUGAACGAAUUAUCCUCCAUUGCCUUGGGUGGCUUACCCCAUCUGAGCACAGUGGUGCUGAAGGCCAAUCAGUUGAGCAGCCUGGAUGAAGGUCUUGUGCCCUGGGCUGAUCUGCAAACCCUUGAUCUCUCGGAGAAUCCAUUUGAAUGUGACUGCCGACUUCUGUGGCUGCGUCAUUUGCUGGUCAGCAGGAAUGCAAGUGGUCAGUAUGCGCCCGUCAUCUGCGCCUAUCCAACGGCUCUGAGGGACUUGCCACUGGCCCAUUUGGCAGAACCACUUUUAGGCUGUGCCCAUGGAGCCGCCAGCAAGCAGGCGAUCAUCGGGAUCCUGGUGGUGGCUUGUGCCGCACUGAUAACCACUUUGGCCCUGGUUCUCUACACCUGCCGUCACAGGAUUCGGGAGAUGCUGAAAGGUCAUUCGGCGUUGGGGCGUAAGGAGCGCGAAUACCAGAAGACCUUCUCCGAUGAGGAGUACAUGUCGCGACCACCUCCCGGUGGCGGUGGAGUUCAUCCUGGGGGCUAUCCCUACUUCGCUGGCAGCAGCCGGCCGAUACCGGUCACCGAGCUCUAGCUAGAAGCACCACCCCCGCCUCAGGUGCGGGGUCGGGGUGGUGGUGGUGGCGCCAGCACCGCCAGCGGCGCCGUGCAGCAGCUCCAGGUGCCCAGUGCCGUGGACCAAGCCUCCAACUCCUUCGCCCAGCUCAGCCACAUUCACUACAUGACUAACAAUGGCCAACAGCAACAGGCGCAGCAACAAUCGACCUCGAAGAUGCACCACUCGCAGCAGGACAUGCGUUUGUUGGCCUGCAACGGUGGGAAGCCACUGAAUGCUACCUCGCUGCCGCGCCACCGACCACCGGUGGUGCAGGAGAGCACCCUGUCACACUAUAGCCAGCCGCUUGCCAACGGUAUUCGUCUCACCCAGGACCACUUUAACCACAACCAGAACCAGAGCCACAAUCAGCACUACGGAGGAGUGUAUGCCAAGCCGUGUGAUGCGAUGUCUGAACCGGGAUAUAUCCACAACAAUUCGCAUUACUCGCUGCCAUUGGAUCACGAUUUGCCACCCAGUCCCACGCCCACACCACCACCCCCCGCCCUGCCGCUGAGGAAUGGAGUGGGCAUGGCCCUGAUCCAUGGCAACACCACGGGGCGCAGAUCCUUCAACAACAAUAACAAUGUGUCUACACUGUCCAACAACAAUCAUCAUGGCAUUGGCGGCGGAGUGGGCGUGGCAGUCGGCGGCACUCUGGGCAACAACAACGGGAGUCUGAGGCGGUACCACUGAUAUCCGGCCAAGACGUGCGGCACUUUGGGCCGCACCAUCAUCAAAACCAGGCCGGAUCCGGAUAUCGAGCUGCAUUACUUCUACAAGGGUUAAAGAGGAAACUUGAAAAGCAAGGGAAUCGAUCUAAUUUAAUCGGGUUUGCUUCGGUUCUCACUUUUGGAGAGAGUUUUGGGAAGUAAGAUAUACAAAGGACUAUAUGCACUUUCAUUUAUUUUCUUCAAAAGUGAAAAUCGCAGUAAAUCUGUAUAUUCAUACUCUAGUUGUAUAUUCCUAUGUUACGUGUAUUCGAGAGAAAGCAUUUUGUAUAAAUUAGUAUUUAGUUCGAGAGGUUGUCGACCAGGAAAAGCGCAGGAAAAUCGCAGGUGUAUAUAAGAAAAUCUUGCGCACAAUUUGGCGGACGGUGUGGAUUGGGCAAAAAUAAAAACUAUUUUACAUUUACCAUCCUGCUGAUCGGCCAUUUAAUUUGCAUACAGUGAUCUUAAUAUUUAGGUUAUGUUAAAAGCAGUUCAAUUAUUGUAAAUAAUUAAAAGCUUUUUUAUAAAUACAUAAAAAGAAAAUAAAUUCAAUUUCUAAACAAAAAAAUAAGCAAGCAAUUAAUUUACUUUAUAAUAUAACAAAUAAGCUACGCGCUUAAGCACCAGUCAUUAAAACUAUGUAUGUAUUUAGCCUAAAGCUAUCACAAAAUAUUCCAAAAAAACAGUGAAAGAGCCUAAAAAUAAAAAUGGAAAUAAAUAUGCCGAAACUAAAAAGAAUACAACAGAUUUUUAUAGUUAAUAGACUCAGUAAAGAAUAAACUACUCAUCGGAAUAAUAAACAAAGAAGAUGUUUACACAAUGUAAAAUGAAAAUAGCAUAACUAUUGAAAACUCAGAAAUAUUCAUGUAGAUUCCACGCCGCAUUCACAAAUAUGAAUAAGCAAUUAUGCAACAUACAAAAAUACAAAGUAAAUCUAUAUAUACGAAUUAUGCGUGUAAAUAAAAAGUAACUGUGCUCGAAAAAAACAUACAUUUUACAUUGUUUUAAUUUUGAAUUUAUCAUUUUUCCAGCGUUCGCUGAGGUUUUUUAUUUCAGCAUUUGAUUUCAUUUACUCUUUUGACUGCAACAAGUCGGCCACAAUUUUGAUCAAUUGUACAUAUUUAACAACUUAAUGGAACAAAUUGCAAAACCAAUACAAGGGAGUUAAAAGUAACCUACAAAUAAAAAAAAGCUAAGAUUACCAUAUAUAAUUGAAAACUUAUUCAAACGCAAAUUUCAUAUACAUAUUUCAUAACGAAGCAGAUCUUUCAUCUAGUUAUACGACAACGCAACUAUAAAUAUAUUAAAUCAAUUCGAACUACAAUUUAAGCAAAUUACAAGGGACAAGCAUAGUUAAACAAGCGAAAACACAAAAUGGUAAAUCAAUAUAAGCCAGAUAUAGGGUGUAGCCGAAUGCAAAAAAUAUCUGUGGAUCAGCGUCUAAUCGUAUCACUAAAAAAAGAAGUCAAAAACAAGUCAUGCAAGGAAUUCUCUUAAUGUAAUGGAUAAUCGCAAACGCGACGAAAAUUGAAAAUUCAACAGUGUUCAAGAACUAGAGGAUAAAAUCAAAUAAAGAACAAAUUUAACAAUAAA